CCUCCGUGCGCCACCAAUUUGGCGCCUCUCCCGGAUCAUCUCUGAAACUGUCUACUUGACACUUCAACUUGGAAAUGGCGAAGCGAACCAAGAUGACGCUGGUGCUCAUGCCCGAGGUUGUCGAGCGCGUCGCCACGUGCAUCGUGACGUCCAAGGACAUGGCUGCCUUCCUGCAGGCGCUACCAGAAGAUUGGCUCUCGGAGCCAUUGGCCGCGCUCCGGCAGCUCUACCGCGCGGUGCAGACGCGACGUCUUAAGGUCCUGGCAGGCGACAAGGUCUACCCCCGUCACGUGCGUCUCUGGCCGCACCUGGAGCUGCCGUACGAGAUCCAUGACGAAGAGCUUUGUGGCUGGAUCGUCAAGGCCAUGGUGCUGUACCCAACUGUCGCUUUCGACAGCAACGACCUGCCGCCAUCGUACCCGCUGCAACCUCAGACGCAGCUCAAGGUCCACGCCAUCGAGACCUCGGAGCUGCUGCAAGAGGCGAUAUCGCGGUGGCCCGAGCGCAUCCAGCUCCUCGAACUCCUGUUCGUCGACGCCAGUGAAUGGCCGCGUGCGAAGCAGGUCGCCGCAUCGCUCACGACGCUGCCGGCGCUGCGCGAGGUGAUCUUUCAGUACGAAGCGUACGAUAUCAAGUACAACUUUUCGCCGAUGUUUCAAGCGCUCGCAUCCACGCGUGUUCGCGACGUCAAGGUCUUGAACGUCCACACGGUGUGGCCCAAGGCAGCGGAUACCGCGUUGGCCAAGUGGCUGCGCACCGGGUCGAUCGCGGCGCUGACGCUCGACGGUGAUUUCGUGCUGCCAAACGAGUUCGAUUCAAGUGCGAUUUGCAAGGGUAUCGCAGCGUCCAAGACGCUCGUCGACGUCGAAAUCAAAAGUACUCCGCUUUUGCAGCUCUUCUUCCGUGAGAUUCCGGUGCUGCCACCACACUUGCGGUCGCUCUCGCUGCAAGGUCUCUCGCUCGACGACUUGGCCUUGAUCACGGCGGCGAUUGCGCCGUCGCAGCUCCAAAAGAUCCAGCUUGGCUUCGACCCCGGUUAUGACGACGAGUUUCCCAACGAGACACUGGCCUUGGUCGACGCGCUAAGUCAUCUGCGCUCGCUUCGGCAAUGCCACCUCUUUGGCAUCCAGCUCUCGGGCACCGACGUGACACGCCUUGCGUCACUUCUUCCGCAGCUGACAACUUUACACUUGGAGGCAGCCGGGCUCGACGACGACAAAGUUGCCAUCUUGGCCGCCGCGCUUCCGCAGUGCUCUUCGCUCGAGCUCCUCCAUCUGUCGCAUCAGGACUUUGGAGACGCGGGGGUGGCGUCGCUCGCGGCAGUCGUGCCGCAGUGUCCGUCGCUGAAGACGCUCAAUCUGAACGAGAAUCUCGUGACCGACAAAGGUGUCCAAGCGCUCUGCCCCAUCGUACACCAUUUAGACGCCAUCAAUCUGUCGUACAACACCAUUGAUGUCGACGGCGCGCUUGCGAUCAGCCACAUUAUACCGGAGACGUGUCACAUGACACGCAUAUGCCUCCAUGGCAACCGGCUGCGAAAGGAAGGCGUCCUCGCGAUCAUAUCGGCUCUUGGUGACUGUGUCUACCGCCAAGGGUUCGUCAACGUCUACGACACCGUGUUUGACGACGACGACGCGAUCGAAGAGGCCAUCGAGGAGCUCCCAGACGCAGCGUGGAUCAUCUUUGACGACGAUUCCCGGACCGAGUCGAGACGUACCUACUGACGACCGCAAGUUUUUUCACUAAAAAUGACAUCCGACUAUAAGGAGAAGCUCUCAAUGUGCUUGGUUGAACCGGGGUACUGAAAGAAAUAGUACAUUAAAUAGGCUCCGAAGACAACGUUUCCAACAGCA